UUUUUUUCUUUAAUUUUUUUUUUGUUUUAUCUUCAAUGAUGAUGAUCUUUGAUUGAUUGAUUUCAUCUUGUUUUUUCCAGUUAUUCAGUGUGCCAAUUUGAGUGCCAAUUUUUUUCUCUAUUGAUUGAUCUCAACUAUCCUAUUUCGUCCGAUCUCUAUUGGAAGUGGCUGAAAAAAACAUACUCGAAAUGACCGAAAAAGAAUUGCUCGUCAUGAAUAAAUUGGAAUAUUUAAAAGAGAUUCGUUAUCGUAUGCAAGAAAUUGAUCGUAUGCGUUCAUCAAUCAAUGAAGAAUUGGAUCUAGUAAAUGUUGAAGAAAGAUGUUUACAGGAAUAUCGUCGUGAAAUGGAUUCAUUGUAUCAGGAAAAAAUGACCCAUGUAGAAGAAUUACGACAAAUACAUUCAGAUAUUAAUAUGUUGGAAAAUGUUUUAAAACAAUCGGAAGAGGAUCGUAAUCGUCAUGUAGAUAAUGUUAAACGUUUACAUCAUCAUCUACAACAGAUGAAAGAUGGCGUGGAGAAAAUGCGUGUCGAAAUUGGUCUACCUAGAUUAAAUGAAAAUUUGAAUAAUCAAAAUCAAAAGGAUGAAGAUGCAUUAAUGUUGGAUAAAUUAGAUCUUGUAUUGGAUGCUGCAGCUAAACGUCAUGGUAAUACAUCCUCAUAUCUAAAAGGUGAAUUUGAAUUAAAAGCCACAACAAUGGAUCCAUUGGUGGCCAAACAAUUAUCAUCAUCGAAUACAUCGACAAAUGCUGCGAUCGGUUCUGGUUCUGGAUCGACAAACAUUGUCAGUAACAAACCAUUCGCUGAUAAUACAAACACUUCAGGAUCAAAUUCAUCCACCGCUAAAUCAUUGGGAACUGCUGGUGCUAUUAGUGGUGGAGCAUAUUCCUCAUCAUUAGCAUCAUUAAUGUCCGGUUUUCAAGAUCUUCAUACUGGAUCACGAUUAAGUGGUACAGGUGCUAGUGGUCAAGCAGGCAGUUUAGGAUCAUAUCAUCAUACUGACCAUCAUCAUGGUACAUCUUCAUCAGUAUCAUCCGCAUCAUCGGUAACUCCGAAUUCUGUAGCAUCUGCUGCUGCAGCAGCUGCUUUUCGUCAACAACCACCGCCAAUGAAAUCUUGUCUUUCCUGUCAUCAACAAAUCCAUCGUAAUGCACCGAUUUGUCCAUUAUGUAAGGCUAAAAGCCGAAGCCGUCAUCCAAAACGACGUAAUCAACCGAAACAAAAUUGAAAACAUUUCAAUGAUUCAACUAUCUCAUUUCAUUCAUCCAUUAUCUCCGAUCUUAAUAUUAAUCGCAUUUUACUAGCUUCAUGCAUGUAUUUUUUUGCAAUUCAAUUAUUUUUUCGUUUUUUUUUGAGAAUAAAAAUCGAUUCGUUCGCCAUCUA